AUGGAGCCCCCGGGGGCACAGCUGCUAAGUUUGGAGGCGCCGGGACCUGCGCCUUUUGAAGACCCCCUUUCUGCCGAGGAGCCGCCCGUCCCAGGGGUCCUCUGCACCGAGGGUGGCGGGGACGGCGGCAGCACGUCGGCGGCCCCGAGCUCCGACGCCGAGGGCCCGUCCCCGCAGGAAGAGGCUGCCCCCUGGGAGCAGGAGGAGCUGCUGGAAAGCCGCCACCGCUGCCGCGCGCGCUCCUUCUCUCUGCCCGCCGACCCGAUCCUGCAGGCGGCCAAGUUCCUGCAGCGGCGGCGGCCGCCUGCCCCGGGGCCGGACGCGGAGGGCGGCGAGAGGGCCGAGGACGCGCCGCACAUCCCGGGCUGCUGCGCCAAGUGCCAGAAGCGGGUGCAGUUCGCGGACGCGCUGGGGCUGAGCCUGGCCAGCGUGAAGCACUUCAGCGAGGCCGAGGAGCCGCAGGUGCCGCCCUCCGUGAUCUCCCGCCUGCGCAGCCUCCCGGCGCGCGCCGAGGACCUGGAGCAGCUCCCGGGCCUGCUGGCCGCGGCGGCGGCGGCCGCGCCCCUCCGCGCACCGCCUCCCCGGCUGCGGCCUCUCUUCGAGCUCCCCGGGCCGAGCGCCGCAGCCGAGCGCCUGCGGCGACAGCGCGUGUGCCUGGAGCGCGUGCAGUGCUCGGCACCCUGGGGCGCGGAGGUGACCGGCUCCGGCCGGGUGCUGGGCUGCCCAGGGCCGCGCGUCGUGGCCGUGCGCUACACCUUCACCGAGUGGCGCUCCUUCCUGGACGUGCCGGCCGAGCUGCAGCCCGAGCCAGGGAAGCCUCCGCCGCCAGAGGCGCCGUCGGGGGGGCCGGGGGAGGCCGAGGAGGAGCUGAGCGCCGAGCGCUUCCACUUCGCGCUAUGCCUGCCCCCGGGCCUGCAACCCAAGGAGGGGGAGGACGCGGACGCUCCGGGUGUCGCCGUCCACUUCGCCGUCUGCUACCGCUGCGCCCAGGGUGAGUACUGGGACAACAACGCGGGGGCCAACUACACGCUGCGCUACGUGCGCCCUGCCGACGCGCGCUGA